AUGAGUGGUCAGGCAGCUAGUUAUUACGACCAAAAUCAGGGCUUUGACCCGCGGGCUCAGCCGAACUAUCAACAAAAUGGCUAUCAGCAGCAGCAGCAGCCAAACUAUCCACAACCCAACUACCAACAACCCAACUAUCAGCAGCCUCCAGAGUCGAAACCUCCACCGGCUCAAUAUCCCGAAAAUCCCCCUCCCCCAUACACCACCUUCGACCAGGCAUUCAAGAUUGAGAAGCCAAAGUACAAUGAUCUUUGGGCAGGACUGCUGUUGAUCGCUGUCUUCCUCGGAUAUGCUGCUGUAUCGGGAAUCACCAUUCACAAGUAUGCCACAAACAAAGGGUUCAGCGGAGAUGGCAUCUAUGGUGCGGCCAAUGACUUCUCUCUCAACACCAAUACGCUGGUUCUCUUCAUCUUUGUCCUCGUGGUCGCCCUCGUUCUUUCAUUGGCAUACUUCAUGGGCGCGCGGUAUUUCACCAAGACCUUCAUCUGGGUAACCGGCAUCCUGAACAUCGUCUUUGCACUAGCAACUGGCAUCUACUACAUCGCUCGCAAGCAGUAUGGCGGUGGAAUAGUAUUCCUCCUUUUCGGUGUCUUUGCCAUCAUAUGCUUCAUCAGCUGGAUCCCGCGAAUCCCAUUCACGGCCUUCAUGUUGCAGACCACCAUGGACGUUGCGCGAAACUACGGCCAUGUCUUCCUCGUGAGUGCUCUAGGCGGACUUGUAACCGUCGCUUUCUCGGCCUGGUUCUCGGUGACUCUCGUCGCAAUUUACGUCGCCUAUGAACCAGAUUCAAAGGGCGUGAAUCCAUCCUGCGCAAACGGCGGCUGCAGUAACGCCAAAGUCAUUGGGUUGGUUGUGUACGUCACUUUCGCUAUGUACUGGUUCAGUGAGUGGAUCAAGAACACCGUGCACACCACCAUCGCCGGUCUUUAUGGCUCGUGGUAUUUCUGGAGCAAGUCGGCCAAUGGUAUGCCCAAGGGUUCGACCCGUGGUGCGUUCCGACGGGCAACCACAUACUCUUUCGGAAGCAUCAGUUUGGGAAGUUUGAUCAUUGCUUUUAUCCAGAUGCUGCGCCAAGCAUGCUCCGUUGCACAGCGCCAAGAAGCCGGCCAGGGAAACAUAGUUGGCAGUAUAUUAUUUUGGAUCUUGGGCUGCUUUAUCUCGCUUUUGGACUGGCUUGUCACAUUGUUCAAUCGCUACGCAUUCUGUCACAUCGCACUGUACGGAAAAGCCUAUGUUCCUGCCGCAAAGGAUACUUGGAAAAUGAUGCGCGAUCGUGGUGUCGAUGCUUUGGUCCAGGAUUGUCUGAUCGGGCCGGUGUUGACUAUGGGGUCAACAUUUGUGGCCUAUGUGUGUGCCUUGCUGGCGUAUCUGUAUCUGCAGUUCACCAAGCCUGCAUACAACAGUGACGGGGACUUCACUGCGGUGAUCAUGGCUUUUGCUUUCUUGAUUGGACUGCAGGUCUGCCAAGUCUUCAUGACGCCCAUUGGAAGUGGUGUUGAGACCAUCUUUGUUGCUAUGGGCUGGGAUCCCCAGGUCAUGAUUAACGAUCAUCCGGAGAUAUACUACAAGCUGGUGCAGUUGUAUCCCAAGGUGCAGCAGGCAAUACAUGCUUAA